AUGGCUAGAAAAAAGUCGGCAGCAAAAAAGGCCAGAGAAGAGGCCGCAAAGCUCGAAAGUGAUAAGGGGGCUCAGGAAACUCCGAAGCCCAUCCAAGAGGUCGUUUCCCCGGUUGAGAAUGACCCAGCAGAAAGCUCGGAUGAGUCUUCCGAAGAAGAAGAUGAAUAUGGAGAAUUAUUAACUGAGAAUGUGGAGCUGCUGAUUAAGAAGGUCAUGGAGACUUUGAAGACUGACCCCAAGAAAUUGUUGGACCCCGAGUCCAAGUUUUUUCAAGAGGACGACUCGAGUUCAGGCAAAAAGAGUAAAGAUAAGCCAAUCUACUUGAAGGACUAUCACAGAAUGAACUUGUUGUCAGGAGAUUAUAAGAAUCUCGAAGACGAGAACUCGAAUGAGUACGGCACAGUUGAUGGCGAAAAGCCAUAUGUUGUCACUGAGAGAGAAGAAAGAAACAAGUUGCUCGAUGAUAUUAAGAGUGCUUUCAAUGGAGAUGAAGAAGAUGACGAUGAAGAUGGAGAUGGAUUCUUGAAAAAGAAGGACAAUGCUACUACCCGUACUGAAACCGAAAAAUCCAUUCCCUUACCAGACCCUACGAAAGGCGCAGACGAGUUCUUGUCAGCGUUUCUUGAUAACCAGGCAUGGAUUCCGAAGAAGGACGACAAAGUCAUCAACUUGGACCAAAUUGACAAUGAUGAUGAGCAAGCAUUCGAUGAUGCCGUGGAGGAUCUUGAGAGAGCAUACAACUUCAGAUUUGAAGAUCCCAAUUCCGCCAGUAUUGUCUCUUAUGCCAGAACUCAAGCAUCUUUGAGAAGAGGCAAGACCAACUCUAGAAAGCGUGCUAGAGAUAAGAAGAAUGCAAUUAAAGAACAAGAGAAGCAUGAAACGGAACAAGCUUUAAAGAAAAAGAAAACUUCCAAGGUUAAUAAGGUUAUGGAUCGUCUUGCCAAAAUCAAGGAAGCUGUGGGUGAAGAUAUCAGUGACGAAACCAUUGAAAAGGUGUUCGGUGAUUCGUUGCUCAAUGAUGAUUUUGACGAUGCUGACUGGGACGGAAAAAUGGCCGAAAUCUUCAACGAGCAGUACUACGAUGCUGAAAUGACGAAACCAGAAUGGGACGAAGAUGACGAGAUCAUGGCUGACUAUCACAAAGAAAAAGAGGAUGAAGAAGUUGUUGAUGAAGAUGCCGAAAUUGAUGAGAAUGAAGAUGAUGAACAAUUGGACGCUCAAGCUCCACCAAAGAAAAAAUCGAAGAAAGAUCAGCUAAAGGAAAAGAAGUCUGCUAAGAAAGAAAAGAAGACUUUGAAGGAGAAGGCGGAGAAGAUUGUGGAGGCUAACAAGACGAGACUAUUGGACGAAGUUGAAGAGGAGAGAGGUAGAAACAAACAAGAUGACCCCAACAGGUUCAGAUAUCGUGAGGUUUCCCCUGAAAGUUUUGGAUUAUCUACUAGAGAGAUCUUUUUGGCUGACGAUCUGGAAUUGAACAAAUUCAUCAGCAUCAAGAAGUUUGCUCCAUACAAACCUAAGGAAGCUGCCCUCAAAGAUAAGAGAAAAUUCACGAAAAAGAAGCACUUGCAACAGUGGAGAAGAGAGGUAUUCAGUAACAAGGAAGGUCCUGAGAAACAGAAGGAGGAAGGGGAUGACGAGAUUUGGAUUCCUAUAGAAGAAGAGAGUCGAUCGAGAAAGUAG